AUGGCCAUCCCAACGACGCAGAAAGCUUGGAUAGUCGAAAGAAUGGGACAUCCCUCAGAGGCCUUGAAAUCCCACUCCGACUGGCCUGUUCCAAGCGAAACCGCAAAGGACCACGUACUCGUGAAGAUCCAAGCCGCCGCGCUUAACCCUUUAGGAUGGAAAUUGAUGCAGCUAGCACCCAACUUUCUCGCCAAGAGACCCCUGCCUGCCGAAUACGACUUUGCUGGCGUCGUCGCAAAGAAAAACGGCACAGAGUUCGAGGUGGGGGACCCUGUCUUUGGGUUCAUCCAUGUCUCUAUAACCCUGAAGACGCGACAAGGCACUUUAGCUGAGUACGCGCUGGUGCCAGAUAUAUGUGUGACCAAAAGACCUUCCAAUAUCGAUGUAAUCCACGCUUUUGGGUUAACAUUAGCUGGCCUGACCGCAUGGCAAUCCCUCAACUGUACGCGCCUAGAAGCUGGUCAGACCGUAUUCAUCUAUGGCGGGAGCACAGCAGUGGGAUUGUUCGCCAUUCAGAUCGCCAAAGCACGCGGUAUCAAGGUCGUCGCCAGCGCAUCCGGAAAGAAUGAAGAAUUGGUCAAGAAGAUGGGUGCAGAUGAAUUCAUCGACUACACGAAGGAGCCGAUAUACAAGUACCUUCGCCCAAAUUCCAUGGAAUCAUCGACUGCUGCGUACAUGGCGCCUGGUGGCGUAUUCGUGAUGACCACACCAACACCUCACCGUAUUUCUUUCAAGGAGAUUGGGCACCUUAUCAAGACGCUGGUUGCUAUAACGUGGCCUGCCUGGCUUGGGGGCAUUCCCCGGGAAUUCAAGUGA